AUGCACGACCACAACCAUACCGAACAAGCCCAACGCGCCCUCACCCAAUACCCAUCGCAGACCCAAUCCCAACCCACACCCCAAGCUGUCCUCAGCCCGUCCCAAAGCAAACCGGCUGCAAAAGUAUCCACAUACACGUCCUCCCUCCUCCAAAUCCCGAGUGACCCCAACAUCCACGCCAUAGACUUCUACGCUUCCAUUACCCCACCCCCUCUUCCUGCCGCUCACUCCCACCCACUCCCACCCCGCGCCCCUCGGGCCAUUCCUCUACAAGAUCGAAAUUGCACCUCCAUCUCCUCCACUGCCACUCCUCUACCACUUCCUCAUUCUCAGAUUCCGACGACUCCUUUACCUUGUUCCUCUCAACUGGCAGAUAUCUCUGCGGCUUCGCUACCAUCAUACUCUCUAAUCCUUCCAUCUUCGCCCAAUGUCGUACAGACUGCAUCAUCUUUACCACUUGUGCAAGAUUCGUCGAGCGGGAACGGGGUUGGGACUGGGAACGGGAAUGUAGGGGGAGGAGAAGGAGAAGAAGAGCAGGACGAUAUCCCACCGCCGGCGUAUACGCUCGUGGCAGAUGAGAGCGCUGGAGAGAGCACGGUCCCGGUAGACGUUGAUGAUGGAGGAGAGUCUAAUGGUAGUCAAGUCCCCGUUGAGUCCAAUCUACCCAGUUCUCCGACAAUUUAUCAUCAACCUUCAUCGCCUCAGUCGUCCCAACCUUCGACAUCCUCCCAUGAUAUCCCCGUUCUCGAAAUUCACACCAACGCACUCACGUUACAGUCCGUCGGUGCCUUCCGCGCCACAAUCACCUACUUCGACCCUUUUGCCCUGGACUUCUAUGCCUCUGCAGGUAUUAACUCGGCUACGGAUGGUUUUCAACCAGUUUCCGAGAGCUCCACGAAUGCUGCGACGAGUAUAACGAGUCCGGGUUCGACAUCGAAUGUGAACGCUGCCACUUCGAGCGCCCAACGACCACCCGUUCCUCCUCGUCCACCGUCAUCCUACAGCACCUACAACCACGCACCUCCCGUUGUCAGAAUUCUGGGCAUGGCGCGUCGCCAUGCCCUCACCUCCCUCGAACGCAUCCUACUCCCCGCAUCCACAACAAUCCCCCCAUAUUCAACCUCCACCUCUGGCCAAUUCGUUCUCUACGUCCUCGCAAUUGAACCCUUCACAGACCCUUCAUACACUUCCAUACUCUCCGUCGCUAGCUGUACCUCCUCUAUCAAUGAUACACCAAUUUGGGCCACACAUAGGCCUACAGCCUUCCUCAUCGCCUUCAUUUGGGCCCCAUUCCUCGCCACCGCCUCCACCUCAGCCACAACCACCUCCAUCGCCGCAUCCGCCAUCACCAUAUCUUCCAUCCCAAGUGCCACUUCCGCCACCUCAAUCGGGCUACGCCCCUCAACAUCCGCCUCCUCCAGGUCCUCCACCUCCACCUCGACCUAA